CGGGACCCGGCGGUAGAGGCGCGGGCGCACUUAGGCCCGGAGCGAGGUGGCCCGGGUGGCCCCACCAUGGACUUGGCCACUGAGGAGUACGAGCUCAACGGCGAGCUGCACCCGGGCUCCCCCGGCUCCCCGGAGGCCUCGCCGCCCCGAUGGGGCUGGAGGAACCAGCCCAUCAACAUGAACCAUUACGCCAACAAGAAGAGCGCGGCCGAGAGCAUGCUGGACAUCGCCCUGCUGAUGGCCAACGCAUCGCAGCUGAAGGCCGUGGUGGAGCAGGGCCCUGCUUUCGCCUUCUUUGUGCCCCUGGUCGUUCUCAUCUCCAUUUCCCUGGCACUCCAGAUCAGCGUGGGCGUACUGCUCAUCUUCCUCGUCAAGAACGACCUUAACAACCCAGCCAAGCACGCCAAGCUGGACUUCCUGAACAACCUGGCCACAGGCCUGGUGUUCAUCAUCGUGGUGGUCAACAUCUUCAUCACAGCAUUUGGGGUCCAGAAGCCCGUGCUGGAUGUGGCACCCCGGCAAUAGGGCACCAGAACCCCGAAUGGCACCUGCCCCACAGCCCAGCCCUCUGGAACUACGUGCCCUGGAAGUGUUCCCCUCCCCAUGUGCAGCACUUCCUGAAACCUCCAGAGCUCAGGCUGGCCUCUGCUGGGCAGCGUCCAGGGAUGGAUGAGCCGACUGUACUGACACAUGGGAGGCCAUUUAUGGUGUGUGGGGGCUGGACAUAGGCCCAGAAGACCAGAGAUCUGUGUCCAGAGAAGGGUCACAGCCUACCCAAGGACAUGCAGCAUGUCUGUGGAUGGGCCAGACCGGGGGCGGGGGGGGGGCUGGCACCGGCCUCUGUCUCAGGACAUUCAAGAAGGACAAGGAGAUACCCCUCCCUUUGCCAGUGCACCAGUGUCCCUCACUUCCCUGGGGCCUGUGCAGGUUGCCCUGGUGACUGCUGCCUCUGCCAUUACUAACCCAGGGACACUGUACAGCCAGCAGCACCUACUGGCCACUGACUUCACCUCAGUGCCUGGGUAUGGUGGCCAUCAAAAGGCAGCCAUGCCUAUGUGGGCCAUAGGCCUCCACCAGCAGUGAUGGGGCAGAGCCUCAGCCCUCUCCUCAGGGGUCCAGGACCCCACUUUUCUAAUCAGGAAUGACAAUAAAACUCAUACACCUCCCUGUUGGACUCUGCACCACCCUCUGCUCCCAGGGCCCUGCUGUGGCCCCGUCUGCAGGCCUGUUGGCACAUACUCAGUACUUCCAGGACACUCCUGGAAGUGUCCUUCACUGCCCGUGGUCGGCAGGAGGAGACCAUCCUGCACUCAGGAUCACCUGCCCACAGGGGCCCCUUGCCCAGCAGAAACUGACUCCCAGGUCUGCGUUCUUCACCUUGGUCCUCAGAUCUUGGCUCCCCCUGUUCCCAGUGCACCCUCAGCCCAGCCCUCAUCUGCCCUACCUUCCCUCACAUUGGCUCUGCGCCCUGCUAAGUGGUGCCCACACUUGAUUCCCUCCAGGUGAGGUUCCCAGGCAUCUACUGCUGGCCUCUGCCCUUUCCUCCAACUAGCCUUCCUAAGCGACAAGGUGGGGGGACAAUUGCUUCCUCUGAGGCCCCCACUUCCCUGUCCAUCUCCCCUCCACCAUCUGAGCAACUAGCCUGGAGUGGCUGUAGCACCUGAGGCCUUAAGACAGUCGUGGAAGCUCCCUGCGGUCUUGGCUGACCAGUCAGGUUCCUAAGCUGAAGGAUGAGUGGGAGUGAGAUGGUCAGAUGUUCCAGGGUCCUCCAUGGAAAGGCUGGGCACCAUGGCAUGCACCUGUUUGAGACUGAAGCAGAGGAACUGCUUGGACCUGGGAGUUUGAGAUUCCAUCUCAAAAAAAAGGAAACAAAAAAUCUCCCAGGGAAGUGGAUGAACAGACUUAACUGAUAACCAUAGAAGCCAUGGUCUCACUCCCUGCUCCUCCUGCUUCAUGAGGCGUUUUCUCAUAAGAGACUUGUAAAAAGCAGUCAAAACAUGGAAUGCCUUCCAAGAUGAGCCGAACUGAAAAAGCCAUGGGCCCAAAGUGUGCCUCUGACAGAGGCAAGGCAAUGUUAGCUGCUCACUGUGGAGGUAGCUAGCAACCACUCAGCACCCACUCAAGGGUGCUUUGCCUGGUGCAGGGUCUCUGGUAAGGCCCUGGUGUGGGCUGGCCACAAGCCACCUGCAUGCCUGGUCUCACAGUCAACAGCCAGAUGUUAACCACCACAAUAUGGUUUAGUUCCUCCUUUGCCGGGAGAGAAAAUUCCCUCAAAGGACUGGAGUAGGCACCAAGAUGACUGCCCUGAGGCCCACAAAGCUGUCAGUUAAGCCGGACUCCCUCCCAGGUGGGCAGGGGAGUCUUAGAGACAGUGUGUAGCUCCUCCGUUCCAGGUCUGGGGCAUGAUGGUUGGGGCAAGAAAGUGGGC